GCUGAGCUUCACCAGCAUUCCGACGCCUCGGCUCCGCGCGCAGAGCUCCGCCAAUCAGGACGCGAGGAGGACCGCGGGGGCGUGCGCGAGCUCGGGGGGAGAGAGAGGGAGACUCUGAUACAUAAACAAACAGCGGGGGGUUUGAAGGGACACGGAACGGGGACACACAACUGGUCACAUUUCUUGGCCACCUGGAAACGUGCUGGUCCCAGUGGGCGGAGUGUUCUGGCUGCUCGCGCGCACGCAGGUCUCCUGGUGUGCUCGUAGUGACGCGCGUGAAAGCCAAACCUCAGACCUCAUCCGAGCACUCAUCCCAGUACAGGACGCCUGUAGGUUACGGCUCCGGUCCCGCAGCGCUCUGAUCGAUCACGGGACUGUAAUCAAUUUAUCUGAACCUCUUUGAUCUAAAGGGUUCUCCUCUACUUUCUGGGAUCCACUCCACAUGGUGGUCCGGACUGCUACGUCUCCCCAGCUCCUGAGGAAGACCCUCACCCAGUAGACCAAACCACGUACUGAAGAAGACCACUAUACGGAAUUAUGGAGAAUAGUCCUGGUGGUGUCAUCCUGUACGCGGGCUCCUCCGGCAGCGCCAGCCCCAGCCCGGGCAGCCCGUCCAGCGGCUACCAGACCCAGUCCCCCUCCUCACACUCGCAGCCCUCCUCCCCCGAGGCCAUCUCCUUCCAGGAGCUCGGCGCCCUGAAGCCCGGCGGGGAGCCCUACCCCGCGCCCCCCUCCCCCAAGACCGUCUUCCAGUUCCCCGAGGUGGUGGGGGCCAACCCCCCUCCCGCCGCCGGCGGCCCCGCCUCCUACACCCACCCCAUCGCCGGGAAGAGACCCUGCGGGUUCACCGGCACCUUCACCAAGACCGGAGGCAUGGUGCUCCUAUGCAAGGUGUGUGGCGACAUCGCGUCGGGCUUCCACUACGGUGUCCACGCCUGUGAGGGCUGCAAGGGCUUCUUCCGACGCAGCAUCCAGCAGAACAUCCACUACAAGAUGUGCGUGAAGAACGAGAACUGCCUCAUCAUGCGCAUGAACCGCAACCGCUGUCAGCACUGCCGCUUCAAGAAGUGUCUCUCCGUGGGCAUGUCCCGAGACGCCGUCCGUUUCGGUCGCAUCCCCAAGCGGGAGAAGCAGCGCCUGCUGGACGAGAUGCAGAGCUACAUGAACAGCCUCAACGAGACGGUCUCCAUGGAGACGGAGGCGUCCGCGCCCCCCGAGAUCGCCGGCGGCCCCGAGGGGCGGCCCGGCGAGGGGGCCGGCGGCCCGUCCUACCACAACGCCUUCAUGAACUGUGAGGAGAAGCCCCUCAAGAUGGAGGCCACCGGCAACCACAGCAACGACAACAGCUCCGCCUCGUGCUUCAGCGGCGUGUCGCAAGACUUCCCCACGCCCCACUCCGUGGGCGUCCCCCAGCCUCAGUCCCAGUCCCAGUUCCAGGGGGUCCCAUCCGGCUACCACCUCCCCACCCACUGCCCCGCCAACGUCAACAAGAAGCCCGCCGGCGCCGCCACGGACAACGCAAAGUACACGUACACGCUGGCGCCCAAUCAGAGCCAGUGCCCCGUCACCGGGGCCACUUCCUCCUCGCAUCCCGCGCCGGCCAAUCAGAACGUCUUCUCCGCCGCCGGCGAGACGCAGAAGCAGACUUCCUGUCCGUGGAAGCUGAGUGGAGGAGCCAAAGUGCUGGCCUGUCCCCUGAACGCGUGCCCCGUGGCCCCUUCCAGCCGCUCCAGCCAGGAGGUGUGGGAGUCCUUCUCCCAGUGCUUCACACCCGCCGUUAAGGAGGUGGUGGAGUUCGCCAAGAGCAUCCCGGGCUUCCAGAGUCUGGAGCAGCACGACCAGGUCAUGCUGCUCAAGUCCGGCACCUUCCAGGUGCUCAUGGUGAGGUUCUGCUCGCUGUUCGACCCCAAGGAGCGGACGGUGACGUUCCUGAACGGCCAGACGUACUCGCUGGCGUCCCUCAGGGCCCUGGGCAUGGGCUGCCUCCUGGACGCCAUGUUCGACUUCAGCGAGAAGCUUGGCCAGCUGGGGCUGGAGCCCGACGAGAUGGCCCUCUUCAUGGCCGUGGUGCUGGUGUCAGCCGACCGCUCUGGCAUCGUGGAGGUCGCGGCGGUGGAGCAGCUCCAGGAGAACCUGAUCAAGGCCCUGCGCUCGCUGAUGUCGCACCGCCGGCCCGACGACUCGACCCUGUUCCCCAAGCUGCUGCUGCGGCUUCCCGACCUGCGCACCCUCAACAUCCAGCACUCGGACAAGCUGCUGGCCUUCCGCAUAGACCCCUGAGAUGGGCAGCGCCGGCGCC